CGCACCAACCAUGGCGCUGGCCGCCGCCGCUGCCGCUGCGGCCGCCGGGGUGAGCCAGGCGGCGGUGCUGGGCUUCCUGCUGGAGCACGGCGGCCAGGUGCGCUGCUCGGAGCUCAGGAGCCGCUUCAAGCCGCUGCUGGAGGUCGGGGACCCGCGCGGCCGCGCGGCCCGCAAAGAUCGUUUCAAGCAAUUCGUCAACAACGUGGCCGUGGUGCAGGAGCUCGACGGCAUCAAAUUCGUGGUGCUGAAGAAGAAGAUGCAGCCCUGUUGGGGCCCGGAGCCCCAGCCCCGCAGUGGCCCCAAGGAACCGACCUCACCGUCGAAGAUCCAUCCUGAGCCUCCCGGAGCAAACGAGGCCCCGGAGGCUCCCACUUGGACCUCGCCGCCGUCUCCAGCUGGGCCCGAAGGUGGCACCUCGCCGACUGACCCUCUGCACGCCCGGGGCACCACUGCCUCCCCGCAUGGCCGGCAGACUGCGGAGCCGUCCUCGGGUCUGGCCCAGCAGUCUGGGGGACCCUCCGAGCGCGCCAUGCCAGCCUUUGAGCUCGCCCAAGUCUCCCCGGGAUGCUCCGCAGACGCGGCCGCACCAGCUAGGGACCAGUCGGCGGCGAUCGUGUCCGACGUGAACCCCCAGGUGCCAGAAUUUGGAGCGGGGACCACCCCGAAGCCACCCCCCGCGCCUUUGCGCAGCGCCCCGCCGCCUCCAAAGCCGUGCAUGCUGCCGGUGCGCUGCGUGGCGGCCCCCGCUGCGCUCCGCGUCCGGGCCGAGGAGCACGGCCUGCGGCGGCAGCUGUCGGAGGAGCCGAGCCCCCGGCCCUCCCCGAUGCUGCUUCGAAGGCUGUCGGUGGAGGACUCGGGGCUGGGGCUGGGGCUGGGCGCGGGGCGCUCUCCGCACCUCCGGCGCCCGUCGCGCGCCGGCCCAAGGCUGCUGAGCCCCGACACGGACGACGCGCCCGCCCCGCCGCCGGCCGCCGUGCCGCUGGAGCCGGCCGAGCACGAGUGGCUGGUGCGCGCGGCUGCGGGCCACUGGUGCCACCAGCUGCACGGGCUGCUGCUGCGCGACAGCGGCCUGGCGGCCAAGCGCGACUUCAUCUCGGGCUUCACGGCCUUGCACUGGGCGGCCAAGAGCGGCGACCCCGAGAUGGCCUUGCAGCUGGUGGAGGUGGCGCGGCGAGGCGGCGCGCGGGUGGACGUGAACGCGCGCUCCCACGGCGGCUACACGCCGCUGCAUCUGGCGGCGCAGCACGGCCACGAGGAGGCCGCCGUGCUGCUGGUGAAGCGCCUGGGCGCGCAGGUGCGCGUGCGGGACCACAGCGGCCGCCGCGCCUACCAGUACCUGCCGCCCGGCGCCUCCUACGCGCUGCGCCUCCUGCUCGGGGACCCCGAGCUGCGAAGCCCCGAGGCCGAGGCCACCGGCGGCCCGGGCGGCGGCCUGGCGGCGCGGCGGCCCGUGCAGGUGGCCGCCACCAUCCUCAGUUCCACCACCAGCGCGUUCCUCGGGGUGCUCACCGAGGACCCCAUGCUCCAGGAGCUGACCCGCGGCUUGAGGAAGUCCAGUUCCUUCAGCAAGUUACUGGCGGCCUCCCCGUUGGCACCAAGGAAGAAGACCAAGGCCCGCGGAGUCCUGCCAGCUUUUGGAGAAAUUUCUCGGCGAGCUACUCCCGGGCCUUUCUCGGGGCUGGUGCCCACGCUGCCCCCCACAACCUGACGGGGGCCCUGAGCCUCCCACCUGCAGCCUGCAAGGCGGGCUGCUCCCCAGAGUUGAUGGCUGAGAGUGGCUCCGGCGUUU